AUGGGCGCUUUUCUAGCCGCUCUUUGCGUACUAGUGAAAAGUUCUAUGCUGGUCAUUGGCACCUUUACAAGUUUGAUCAGCGUCGAUUUUGCGUCUUUCGUGAACUUGGUGUGCUUAUCAAGUAUGAACGAAACCGCUAUCCAAACAAAUAGACUAGAGGUCCGCUUUGGGUCCCUGGUGAACAUUACGGAGACUUCCCUCUUACAACUUGCUGCGAGGUUUUAUUGGCAGCGAACAGGAAUAUUUGACCCUUUCGGCCGCUUGAUCGAUAGCCUAAAUGGUUCUUACAAUAUAGUCCACAUUGUGGAAUUUCGUGCUGGUGAGAAAUAUGUGAUUCGCAUCCCAGCAACGGGCUGGGGAGACCGCUUUACUCAGUCGGCAAGGCGCGCAUUCGUGGCCCAGAUACGCACAAUGCAAUAUAUCAAAAAGAAUACAACUCUCCCAAUUCCGGAGAUUUACGGUUAUAACGACGGUUUUCGCAACGAAAUCGGCGCACCCUUCAUGGUUAUGGGCUAUGUGCACGGUGUUCCUGUGAACAAAAGGUGGUUCGACGAAUCGGGGCCGGGUAUUUUGGAAGAACGGCGCCUUAGGAUCUUGGAUAGUCUUGCGGAAACAAUGUCACAGCUUCAAAACCUCAAAUUUGACAGGAUUGGCACAUUAGUCUUUGAUCAAGGGGGGCUCACGAUCGGCCCUUGCUACCGCUGGUACGAUGGGACGUUCGGACAAGCAGACUAUGGUAAAGUUCUUAGGGUCGAGGAAUCUGGGCCCUUCAGCUCAUCGCAAGAAUACCUUCAGCACUGCCUAGCUUCGCGUGAGGGAGGUGAAAUUUCAAAGGAUCCAAUUGUCAACGCAGGUUCUCGGGCGCUGCUUGAGAUGAUCAUUUCGUGCCUGCCACCCUCGACCAACGGAAAAUCCGACAACGAGAGUUUCGUCCUUGGCUUGCAAGAUUUCAACUGGCAAAACAUAAUGACCGAUGAAACUGGAAGGGUCACUGGUAUCGUCGAUUGGGACAACGUACAAACCAUGCCCAGGCACUUUGGGUACGCAUGUUUCCCCUUCUGGCUCGCCGUGGACUGGAACCCCGUUCUGUAUCACUUUCGUUUACGAAGGUCGUUCAAGGAAAACACUCCCGAAGCGCUAAGAUAUUACCGGCAAGUUUACUAUAACAUGAUGGCAAAAUAUCUCCACAACGUGAGCGAUCUGAGGCUCGUACGGAAGUCACACAUUUUCGGCUCUCUCCUUACCGCGGCUACGAAUCCCACCACCAGGGAACAUAUCGUGAGGAAGAUUCUUGAAGAAGCUAUGGGUGCAGAUGAGCAGGCCGAAGACGUCCGUAAGCUCAUACGUAUGGCUAGCGGCGGUCUCUCUGCCACAGAAGAAGACUCGAUUUUGCAAGGAUUUCGAACUUUACUUUUCGUUCCAAACUGA